GUGAGCGCACGGGUGCCAGCGGCUCGGGAUCGGAGCAGCUCGGAGCCGCUCGGUGUCUCUGUGCUCGGGCUUGGACAUCAUUUUAACCCCCCUGAUCGACCGGAGACUGGAGGGAUUUUUUUUUUGUAACGGCUGCAAUGAUGUGACUCUUGAUGUAUCCGUUUUUUAUUUUUAUACCACCGUGAAUGAUCCCAGCUCUGCUGAUCGAGUGGAUCUGAUCACAUUUUUUGUAUUAUUAUUAUUUGGCUCAUCAUCUGUCCAUAGUGCAGAAAACACCUGGACUGGUCUCAGGGUAUCUGUGGAGGAGAUUCCAGGUUUUUUUUUUUUUGCCGGGAGUGGGCAGUAAUAUGUCCAGGCGAAAACAGACCAACCCCUUCAAAGUUGACUGGCCAUUCCACACUUCAGGCAUCACAGGACUUCAGCACACUAUUAACAUGGAUGGCAGGGACGAAUUCACCGAAGACAGUGAAUGCUGCAGCAACAACUCCCAGGAAGUACAAGAGCAGGAUAGCAUCUCAGAAGACAGUGAUAGUGACCUCGACAACCACGGUGAAGACUCGUCCUCCAACACCUCCGCUGACGACCACAUGACCACCAAGAGAACGCAGUGCCGCCUACAAGGAGCGGGAGUCAAAGAGGAGAGCGAGGAAGGGGCAGACGGCAACAACUUUGUUUGUCCUCUCUGCACGCUGGAUUUCAGCAGCCCUGAGAAGCUCAUCUCCCAUGUCUACCAGCACACGACUAUGAUGAGCAAUAGCAAGAGCUAUGUGUGCCCAGUGUGUGGGCGAGCCCUGAGUUCGCCUGGCUCGCUUGGACGGCAUCUUCUCAUCCACUCUGAGGACCGCCUCUCCAACUGCGCUGUCUGUGGUGCACGCUUCACAGACACCAACAACUUUAACAGGGAGAAGCUUAAAGAUGUCCUCGAUACAACCAGGAUGGAUGUCGAUGGGAGAGACAACUGUUCCAUGUCCCUCUCCAGCAGCCCCAUGACCAGCCCGGACCAUGGCACUUGCUCCUGUCACGGACCAGGCCCCAGUCCCAGUUCAUGUCAGGGCCCUCGCCCCUGUCAACCACCUGACCCCAACCCCAGCCUUUGUCAAGCCAGUCGUACCUGCCAGGGACCAGGCCAUAUCUCCAGCCAGUGUCAAGGCCCCAGACCAUGCCACGGCCCAGGACCAUGCGCAGGCUCUGACCAAGGGCCCUCCUUUCCUUCACUGCCUGACAGUCUCCUCUCUGAAGGGCCUUCACUGGCAUCUAUCCCUGAUGCUCUUAACUCCUCUUCCUCAGGCUUUCCUCCCAUCCCUGACAUCCUGGGCCCUAUGCCGGUGUAUCCUGCCGGAGUGCUGCUGGUGUGCAACAGCUGCGUGGCCUAUCAGCAGCUAGUGGAGGCCCAGUCGCCGAUGCGAAAAUGGGCUCUGCGUAGGAAGAACGAACCCUUGGAGGCCCGCAUGCAGCGUCUAGAGCGCGAGCGCACGGCAAAGAAGAACAAGCGGGCGUGUGAGACGGACGAGGAGAGGGAGCUGAGGAGGCUACGGGACCGCGAGGCCAAGCGCAUGCAGAGGAUGCAAGAAUCAGAGGAGCAGCGGGCGCGCAGGCUGCAGAGAGACAGGGAGGCCAUGCGUAUGAAGAGGGCAAACGAGACGCCAGAGAAGAGGCAAGCCAGGCUGAUCCGCGAGAGGGAGGCGAAGAGGAUCAAGCGGCGGUUGGAGAAGAUCGACCCUGCUCUGAGGACACAGAUAGAGCAUGAUCCUGCUGCCAUGGCUGCCCUCACAGCAGACAUGAGUCUCUUUCAGUUCCCCUGCCCUAUGCCUGUCCCUUCCAUUGACAACGGUCUGUUCAUGAAGCUGCCCUAAUGGGACCAGGCCACUGGGGGAGGGGGGGAUAACUGGCAUCUAGCAGCACCAUUAACCUCUGCACUCCGCCAUCAGACUGCCAUGGUCACAGAGAACCAUUCCUAGCUGGUUUGCUUCCAGCUCCUUCUGUGUUGAACAGCUUGACAGACAAACUGCUUUGUUAAAUACAGCAAAAACUACUCCAAUUUCUAAUUUAUUACAGUCUAGAAAACCUUGGGAACAGGGUUGAGAAUGUUUCAUAUUGUAUGGAUGAUGACAUAAAAGCAUGUUGUAAAGAGAUUUUAUCUGUUUGUCAGUGGGCUAGCAGAUUUAACGGUUCAUUCUAGUAGGAGCAGUUAUACUUCCUUUUCGGAAAAAAAGUAUCUUUUUGCACAUGGACCUUCAGUGACAGGAGUGGGGACUUUGUAGCCACAGCCCCCCCUCCCUUCUGGUCCACUCCGCCAGCCCAGUGACUCGGGUUUACCGGUAGCUACACCUCUCUCUUCAAGCUGCCACCAUGGGUCCCUGGGAAGAUCAUAUUCAGUCAAACUCUACUACCUCAGCUGGCGCCAUGGUCGCGCCCUCUGUCUCGUGGCUUACUGCGUUCCAACUCCAAGCUUCCAAAGCUCUACAUGUACUGUACACUUCAACAGAGGAUGCGGGUUGUUUUCCACAGUUUGUGUUUGCAUUAAUGGCUGAGGCCCUUCAAUAGGGCACAAAGAUUCACAGGAGCAAUCACAUGUCUUUCCCAGGUUUGAUGAGAAUAUUUCUUAAAGGUCCAGUGUGUAGGGUUUGGAAGCGUGUAGGAGAACUACAGCGGUUGACGCAAAGAUGUGAAUGGCCAAAUUGUCUGUUCUGGGCUACUGUAGUACAACAGGACCUUGGAAGAGGACGUGCUCCAUAUGUAGAUAUAAACAAGUCAUUCUGAAGUGACGAAAACACACGAUUCUUAUUUUCAGGUCAGGUAGAGAUGGUGGCGGUAGUGGUUAGCAUUGUCGCCUCACAGCAAGAGGGUUCCUAGUUCGAACCCAGGGUGGGGGAGCCCUUCUGUGCGGAACUUGCAUGCUCUCCCUGUGUCAGCGUGAGUUUUCUUUGAGUACUCCAGCUUCCUCCCACAGUCCAGAGACAUGCUGGUUAAUUGGUGACUCUCAAAAAAAUAAGUUGAUGUGAAUGCGAGUGUGAAUGGUUGUCUGUCUCUAUGUGUCAGCCCUGUGAUAGUCUGGAAACCUGUCCAGGGUGUACCCCGCCUCUUGCCCAAUGUCAGCUGGGAUGGGCUCCAACCCCCUGCGACCCUCAACAGGAUAAGCGGUUACGAAAAAUGAAUGAUUUUCAAUUAAUGAAAACAUGGUUAUGAGUAUUAUAUAUCAUUUCUGCCAAUAGAUGUUUGUGGCACAUUGGUGCGGUGAUUAGCAUUGAUGCCUCACAGCAAGAGGGUUCCUGGUUCAAACUCAGUGUGGGGGAGCCCUUCUGUGUGGAGUUUGCAUGUUCUCCCCAUGUCAGCGUGGGUUUUCUCCAGGUACUCCGGCUUCCUCCCACAGUCCAAAGACAUGCAGGAUAAUUGAUGACUCUAAAUUGCCCGUAGGUGUGAAUGGUUGACUGUCUCUAUGUGUGAGCCCUGUGAUAGUCUGGUGACUUGUCCAUGGUGUACCCUGCCUGUUGCUCAAUGUCAGCUAGGAUAGGCUCCAGCACCCCACAACCCCCAACAGGAUAAGCAGUAACAGAACAGGAAUGAAUGCCAAUAGAUGCCCCUGAAUCCCACACACUGGACCUUUAACAGAUGAACUCCAUGAAUGAUUUGUCCUAUUGAACACGCCCAGUGUUGAUCAACAUUCCCCCUCACCUCUUGAAUUGUACAACUUGAUGCAUUCGCCUCCUUAACAUUCUCUUUGCCAAUGUUUGUUUUCUUUUCCCUACAUCGUUACACUCCGAAUAUUUUGCCAAUGUCAUUUCUUUUUUUUUUUUUUACUUUCUGUUACAGAGCUUUUCUUUGGCUUGGAAAGAUUUCAGUCUGUGCUGCUGUUCUUGUACUGUACAAUACAUUAGUUACCUCUUAUAUAUUUUGGGCUCUUCACGUUAAGGAAUAUUGUGCUAAAAUGUUCCACUAAGUGGUCACAAUGAAACAGUUCCUGAUAUGAUACGUUACUUGAAUUCUGCCCGCAAAGACACAUUUGUUUUCCUCAUGAUGAGUAAAUUACAACAUGACAGUGGGUUAUUAUCAUUAUUAUUAUUAUUGUUAUUAUUUAGAGGAUUGUACACAGAUGAUGCAUCCUCUGCAUGCAAUUUGUGUAGCAUUCACAUGCUUUGUAAAGCUGCAGUACCUUCAGUAUAUGUGACCUGUACCACUUAAAUUGGGGUUGAUUUUUAUCUUCUGUCAGCAGAAAUGAUGAACGGUAUUUAUUGAUUCAUACGACAGAGGAACUCAUUUUAAACUCAUGUUGUUAUUGUUUUUUAAUCCCCAUCCGUUACUGAGCACUGGGUCUAAUCUCAUGACACAUACAGCCCAUACUGGGAGAGAGAUUUUUAUCAAUCUAUAUUCAUUAACCUCAUUCCAGCACAUAUUUAUGCAAUAUGAUGUGAAUAUAUUUUUCUUGUGAAAAUGUUUUUGGGUUAUUUUGUUACCAUCAGUGGUAUAAAGUUGUUUUAAUGUUCAAAUUAGAGGCCAUGUCUGGAUAUCCCUUGUUUAAUUUCCUGCCUGCAAGGUUACCUCCGACUUCACUUCUCCAGAUGCAAACAUUUACAGUGUCAAUAAAUAGUCUCUGGAAUAUUCUUCGCGGAAUAUCAGAGAUGAGGACAAGUACUGGUUCUGUUUGAGUCACUCCUAGACGAGAGUCGAUCUACCUGGCUGUUUGUUGCAGCAAAUUUAACAAAGGAAAAAAAAGGGAUUAUUAUUUUUGUGUUUCAUCCUCAAAGGCUUUUCUAGGAGUGCAUCAAACCUCUAUGCAACAGAUGUGUUAUUUAUUCCAAGGGAAAUUAAUUCACUUUCCACUGAAACUAUGCAGAAUGCGAUUUUAAUUUAAACGGACUUCAAUGUAAAGAGUUUAGCUUCUCAGGCAAUUUAACUCAGUGAGAGGGCUCAGAGCCUGGAGACAACACCCUGGUCCAUAAGAAUCAUUUAUAGAUCUAUCACGUGAUGUGAUCGCAACAGUUUUGGGCAGUUGUGUGACUUUUCUAGAGACACUUUGUCUUCGGAGGUGUGUUUUCUCUUCCUAGUUCAGCACAUGAAAGCAACAGGGUCUCACUGCCAUCCUAUCCAUGACAUACUGUACCAAGGGCAGAUCGGUGUUCUCGACAGAGGCUUCAGGUGUCAUUUAUUUCUCUCUUCUCUCAGACUAUGAAUACUGAGUAUUCUCAGAGGUUGCUCUUUGAAAUUGCUGUGAUCCCCUUUGUCCUGCAGUGGACCAAUGCGACAGAAAACUGCGGCGUCUGUGAUCUGACAUACUAUUGCAAAGGAAGUACUCUGAACUCUGGAGUGUUGCCGGUCUUUCACAAGCAGCACUCUCAGUAUGGAUUAGGUAAGCACUGCAUGUCGUGAAACUGCACUUGUCCUAGAAUGGUUCAAUAUGAGCUUGUGUUCUACUGUUAGUUUAUGCCUGCCUGUUUUCUACAGUUUAAUCAAAAGAAACAUGUUGUUAAAGAAACGCUGGCCUUUCUGUAUUAAUUCUAUCAGGAUUUCCUCUCAAUGUCCAUGUUUACAAAACAAAUCUUUCUGAACAAGGCCAAAUGAAUGAGCUAAACUGCUAAUGAGAACAUUCAUGCUUGCUGCGAUAUCAAUGCAUUCUGACUGGAUGGCACUUUGGGGAUGCCAUCCUCUGUUACUGGAUUAACAGAUGUACAGACUACAAUGAA